AUGGACCCAGAAGUUAUGGAAGAGGGAGCAGAAAACGCUGCAGAGGUGGAAGAAAAGGUGCAGUCCUAUGGCGCAAAAGCUAAGCAGACAGUUUGUGAAAUGGACCCAAAAUCUCUGCUAGGUCACAAGUAUUUUGACUUUUCUUUAGGGUCAGCCCAUGCUGAGAAUGAACUCCGGAUAUUUAAGGACUUCCGAGACAAUCACAUAUUCACAGAUGUUAUCAUCUGCGUAGAAGGAGAGAAGUUUCCGUGCCAUCGCGCUGUCCUCUCGGCCUGCAGCGACUAUUUCAGGGCCAUGUUCUGUAACGGCCUCAAGGAGAGCCGCGAAAUGCUGGUUGAGAUCAAAGGCAUCUUAGCUGAAGCUAUGGACAGUUUUUUGCAAUACGUGUAUACUGGAAGGGUGAAGAUCACAGCAGAGAAUGUCCAGUAUCUCGUCGAAACAUCCAGCCUCUUUCAGGUCAACAGUCUCUGUGAUGAAUGUGUCCAUUUUCUAGAGGAACAGCUCGAUCCUUGCAAUUGCAUAGGAAUCCAGCGCUUCGCCGACACCCACUCACUCCAAACACUCUUCGCAAAAUGUCAGACCUUUGCAUUACAAACUUUUGAAGAUGUGUACCAGCAUGAAGAAUUUCUUGAGCUUAACAAAGAUGGACUUAUUGAUUAUAUCUGUCGCGAUGAGCUUAUUGUUAGCAAGGAGGAGAUAGUUUUUGAAGCGGUCAUGCGCUGGAUCUAUGAAGAUGUUGACCAUCGAAGGCAGUUCUUGCCUGAGCUCCUGAGCCAUGUAAGACUCCCUCUUUUGCAUCCCAACUACUUUGUUGAGACUGUUGAGGAAAACCAGCUGAUCCAAAAUUCCCAUGACUGUUACCAGCUGCUACGGGAAGCAAGAAGGUACCAUAUACUUGGCAAUGAAAUCGUAUCUCCGAGAACUAGGCCCCGUAGGUCUACUGGCUAUUCAGAAGUGAUCGUCAUGGUCGGAGGCUGUGAACAAGCGGGAGGAUUUAAUCUCCCAUACACCGAGUGCUAUGACCCAGUAACAGGAGAAUGGAAGUCCCUGGCUAAGAUUCCAGAGUUCACCAAGUCAGCCUAUGCUGUCUGUGCCCUGAAAAAUGAUAUUCUUGUCUCAGGUGGAAGAAUCAAUAGCCAUGAUGUCUGGAUGUACAACUCACAGCUAAAUCUCUGGACCAGGGUUGCUCCUCUAAACAAAGGCAGGUGGCACCACAAAAUGGCAGUCCUGCUCGGGAAAGUGUAUGUUGUCGGAGGCUACGAUGGGCAAAAGAGGCUUAGCAGCGUAGAGUACUACGAUUCAUUUUCAAACCAGUGGACAGAAGUUGCGCCGCUGAAGGAAGCAGUGAGUUCUCCUGCAGUGACAAGCUGUAUGAGAAAGUUAUUUGUGAUAGGUGGAGGACCUGAUGAUAGCUCUUAUUCGGAUAAGGUCCAGUCUUAUGAUCCAGAAAUUAAUGCUUGGCUCCUUCGUGCUUCUUUCCCAAUCGCCAAGAGGUACAUAACAGCUGUCUCUCUGAACAACCUCAUCUAUGUUGCUGGUGGAAUGACCAAGGCGGUGUACUGUUAUGACCCAGCUGAAGACCACUGGAUGCACGUACAGGACACAUUCAGUCCACGGGAAAAUUGUGGCAUGGCUGUGUGUAAUGGUAAGAUCUAUAUCCUGGGUGGAAGACAAGAAAAUGGAGAAGCCAUAAAUACUAUUCUCUGUUAUGAUCCUGAAACAAAUAUCAUCUCGGGGGUCACUGUAAUGCCCAAGACAAUGUCCUAUCAUGGCUGUGUGACUAUUCAUAAAUACGAGAGAUACGAGAAACAUCCUAAGCUCUAA